CUUUGCUUCGUUUCAGUCCUCUUCAAAAGAGCUGCCGUUGUUCUUUCUUCCUACGAUUACUGGGAAUGUCACUAUUUCCAUUGUUAUCUUAGGGCACCUUUAAAUACUCUACCCGUGACAGUGCUCGAACUCCUCCCAACCAACCUGUCAUUGCUCCCAACGCCGACGGCCCCCCGCCAGUUGGACACACUCCGAUUAAAAAGAAAGCUGCUGGUCACAGAACGCUUGCUGUCAAAAACACCGUGAUGAUAGACAGGCGUCUUGAGCUCGCUGAAGAGACGCGUGGCAUGGCCCAGGGCCCGAUGCCAGCCCGCGACUUUAUGAACGAGUUCUUGCCGUGGAACGAAACCACUCCGAUGCAAUUCAGAAAGCUCCAACCCACCAAAGAACGACUCAAGAAAUUGACGUACUUGGCUACCGCUUCCGAAGCCAAAACCUACGAAUUACUUCUCGAAGCAUUCUCCGGCUGGCCUUUUGAGCUCAAACCUGAAGACCGACGUCCGAGAUAUGCACAUUGUGUUCUUCAGUGGAAUGACAGCCAUGCCACCCCAGAUAAGUUCUGUGAUUCGCUCUCUGUGGACGUCAAUGCCGUUGAUGUCAGUCGGCCGACUGUCAGGCGGUGCGACGUGCGCAAGCUCGAUUUCGCUAACGUCGAGACUCACACCGAAAUGAAGCCCAAGGUGUGGGAUGAUCCCUACUGUGACGGAGAUGCUGUAUCGGACGGCGAAGAAGACGACUACGAAGACAUUGAACAAUACGAGGGGAAUGAUGCGUCGGCUUUUUGAGAGCUUUCUCUUAGAGCAAGCUGGGCAUAAAGCCUUCUGCUCUCAUCAACCCUGGCUGUGAUUGUUUCUCCCCAUAGCUCAUGUGGCUCCUCAUCAUUUGACCAGAGUGUGAUGUAGAGUAAGUCAUGUCCUGAGUUUGACAAAACACUUCAGGGUCUUGAAGCUACUCUAGGAGUAUCAAGGGGAUCUCUAGCAUGGUCUCUAACCCC